AGUCAACGAAAGACUCCUCGCGAGGGGAAGCAGCCAUUGUCAACCCACAACAAGCAAUAAAGAGGAACGAGACAGUCGUGCGGCAAGACAACAGAGGAAAUUAUGAUUUGGUGAAAAAUCAUGGCAGGCUUAGUGUUAUAGAUAUAACUGUCCGUCGCGAAUACUUUAUAUUUUGUGCACCUUAUCGCGGGGACCCAGCUCGGCAGUGAAUAAGCAGUAUUUGAUUUCUACUCCCCUGAUGUCUGCCGAGGCAUCUGGUUCAUCUGGCGGGAAUGUGGUGACUGUGUCUGGUUCUGCUGCAUCAUCCUCCAGCCAUGUUCGGGAAGAAAAGGCCGGCAGGAGCCUGGCGGGGAGUAAGUAUGUGAAGCUCAACGUGGGGGGAACUCUCCACUACACCACGGUCCAGACGCUCAGCAAGGAGGACAGUCUGCUAAGGAGUAUUUGUGACGGAAACACAGAGGUCACCAUAGACUCAGAGGGCUGGGUGGUACUGGACAGAUGUGGGAGACACUUUUCCCUGGUGCUGAACUUCCUGCGGGACGGGACAGUUCCUUUGCCGGAGAGCACACGGGAGCUAGAGGAGGUGUUGAAGGAGGCGCAGUACUACAGGCUGCAGGGUCUUGUGCAGCACUGCCUCACCACAUUACAGAAACGCAGGGAUAUCUGCAGGGGAUGUCACAUUCCUAUGAUCACUUCAGCCAAAGAGGAACAGAGGAUGAUAGCCACCUGUAGGAAGCCAGUGGUGAAACUGCAGAAUAACAGAGGGAACAAUAAAUACUCCUAUACCAGCAACUCUGAUGAUAACCUUCUGAAGAACAUUGAGCUGUUCGAUAAGCUGGGGCUGCGCUUUAAUGGCAGAGUGCUGUUCAUUAAAGACGUGUUGGGAGAUGAGAUAUGCUGCUGGUCUUUUUACGGCGAGGGACGCAAGAUUGCCGAAGUCUGCUGCACCUCUAUUGUUUAUGCCACUGAGAAGAAACAGACCAAAGUUGAGUUCCCAGAAGCUCGAAUCUUUGAGGAGACACUCAACAUUUUGAUCUAUGAAAAUGGGCGAGGCUCGGGUUUGGGAGGCAUGGCCCUGCUGGAGUCAGUGGGCGUCUCGUCGCCAGGUGUGGGCCAGUCAGAGGAGGAAGGGGCAGGUGUGGGAGGCGGGGAUAGGCGGGUGAGGCGUAUCCAUGUGCGGAGGCAUAUUAUGCAUGAUGAGAGGGGUCACGGACAGCAGACUGUCUACAAAGACUGAAUCAGAACGAUACAAUGCAUUGUACUACCAAUAUGCAUGUGAACAAUGGAAAAGUUGGUUGAGGAAAGAAAGACAACUUUGGUAUGUUUAAUACUGCACUGAAAUGGGAGGGGUGGGGGGUAAUUAUGGGCUAGUUUAGAAAUAAUACUGAAGUUGCCACAGUGGUACAGUUUUAUUUUCUUCUGUGAGAUACAUUUACAUGACCUUUUUUCAUUUUUGUUA